GUGGAAAUUGGCAGUCCCGAUGACAUCGCUUCGUUCGCCGCCUUGGAGCCACAUCCCAGGAGUGUGGAAUAUUUGACCACGACAUUGGAGCCUCGUCAAAUAGCUGAAUUCUUGCAAACGGAGAUGCCGAUCCGUUAUGCUGAACGCAUCCGCGCUUUAGAGAAGGUGCCUUCUUGGCAAAGUAUUCCAGAGUUGGUCGAGGUGCAUGACAUCCAUGUCAAAUCUUUCAAAGCUUUUCGCAGCUCAGAGCUGGAAAAGUUCGCGGAUGUCACACACAAGGCGUUACUGAGGGAGCAGCCUGUGGUAGAGAAGAUGGCCAGAUCUGUGCACUUGCUACAUGACGGCGGCAUCACUCACGAAUACGUGAGCAAGUUCCUGGAUGACUUUUUGUUGAAUCGCAUUGGCUGUCAAGUUCUGCUGGGCCAUUACUUGGCUUGCCGUGCAGGUCAGCGGAAUGGAAUCAUCGAUACCCGCUGUGAUACAAAACGGGUGUGCCGUGUGGCGGCAAAGGCUGUGCUGGAGAUGUGCAUGGAAUGCACAGGUAGCCGGCCGAGUGUGUUCAUUGACGCGUUUUCGGCCUGUGGGGGCAAGGGUGUGGACGAUGGCCAUGUUCCCCGCUUUCCUUACAUGCCACAUGUUCUGCAGUACAUUGUCAGUGAGCUGCUGAAGAACAGCUGCAGAGCGACUGCAGAUAUGUUGAAAGCUCACGACUUUGACCCUGCCGACUUCCCCAUCAACGUCAUCAUUUGUGCGGAUGAAGACCAUGUCACAAUUUGCGUGGCUGACCAAGCUGGAGGCAUUCCACGCGGAGCCAACGCAUGGUCAUAUUUGUAUACGACUGCCAGAGAUGGCGCGUAUGAUGGCUCCAAGAAGUUGGCUGGCCAUGGUGUAGGUCUUCCUCUUUCGCGGUUGUAUGCGAGAUACCUUGGCGGUUCACUGGACUUGGUGUCCUUGCCUGGAUAUGGAACUCAUGCAUAUGUCAACCUGCCCAGAGUUGAGUCACAACAAGUGGAGGUAGUGCCAGAUGCAGACUAUGAAUACGAUUAUGCAAACCUCUUGGACUUCACAGUGUGA